UAGGUUUAUGGACUGCAAAUGUCCAAUCUCCAAUCACACACUAGAAGAUGGCUUACUAGAGAGCCGGGUGCAAUGUUUAGUAAUUUCAAAAAAUGUAUGAAUUCCGUGAAAAUGUUUACAUAAUUACUACCGAUAUUUAUGUUUCUCUUGUUGUUGAAUGCACCCAAAAACGAGACGCCAUUGAAGCAGCAGCAAUUUAUACUCACAUGAAGAAAAACGCUGGAAUUGUUAGAUUUUUGAAGGGGUCUACUGGGUUGUGCUUGCUUAAUCGAAUUUUGUUGAUGCUUGUGAGUUGUGGUUGUUUUGAUGUUGCACACCAACUGUUCGAUGAAAUGCCGCGCAGAAAUUUUAUUUCUUUGGCUAUUGUGAUGGCUGCCCUUAUUGAUAAUCAUCUUUUUGAAGAAGCUUUAGGGUUGUUUGUGAAGAUGUAUAGAUGUUUUGUUUAUCAGGAGUUUGAUUCGGGUUUGGAAGUUGUUUUGGUUAGUUUUCUUAAGGCUUGUGUACAUUUAAAGGAGGUUGAUUUGGGGAAGAUGGUUCAUGGGUGGAUGCUUAAAAUGGGUUAUGAUAGAGGAUUAGUUGUUGACACUGCAUUGGUUGAAUUCUAUGGAAAAUCUGGGUGUUUAAUGGAGGCUAAUCAUGUGUUCUUUGACCUUAUUCGUGUAGUUGAUCAUCGCGAUACUGUGCUUUGGACUGGUGUUAUAGUUAACAAUGGCCGCGAACAAUGUUUUGGAGAGGUGAUAAGAAUUUUUCGGGUGAUGGGCGAGGCCGGAGUGAGGAUGAACGAGUAUACAUUCUCUACUGUUCUUAAGGCUUGUGGAAGAGUAGGUGAUGGUGGAUUGUUUGGACAGCAAAUUCAUGCCAAUGCUAUAAAACUCGGGUUUGACAGUCAUGUUUUUGUGAUGUGUGCUCUUAUUGACAUGUAUGGGAGAUGUGGAUUGUUGAAUGAUGCUAAGAGAGUUUUUGACAGGAUGGAUCGCAGGAAACGAAACAAUGCAUGUUGGAACGCGAUGGUUACUGGUUUUAUACACCAUGGAUUGUACAUUGACGCCUUAAAGACCUUGUACGAAAUGAAGGCUGCAGGUCUGAAACCACAGAAAUCAGUAAUGGAUGAAGUCAGGCUUGCCUGUGGUAGUCUGAAGCUAGAAAUAACAUGAUAAAUACUAACAGGAACA